AUGAAAUCGGAGCAUAUUCUGCAGGGCGUUAUUGCUGUAAUCAUUGCUCUUUCUGUCCCUGUGAGCUCUCGCAAGUCCGGAGUGGAAGCUUGCGAUGGUGGAGAAGUGAUCGCAACCUCUUCGAUCGCGAAGGAAGAUGCAGUCAUUUCGGUUGCUACGCAGACCUGUCCCGGAAUCCUCAGCACUCGUCGUUCCAAUCGGUUGUCGAAGCGCCAGUAUACUCUCCCAUGCACCUCCAGCUGCUCGAUGGAUUGUUUGAAUCUUGGGCCCUAUCCGAACAUGUCCGACUGUGAAUUCAUCGCAAGCACUCUGUUCAACCAAACCGAUUCGGCCUUAUUUCUUGCACCUUCGCAAACCAAGACAACCUUUUCCUACAGCACCUGUGCCAUGGUCUUCUACAACUAUGACAGUAUCGACUACGAGGUUUGUUAUCACAUGGUGGGUAAUGCUGCAAUAUUCGUAGAUAACACUUGCUUUGCUGGCCCUUCUGGUUCAAAUGGAGGAUACUGCAUUGCCGCCCCCUUUGAAGCUUAUAACCAAUGGCAGCUUGAGGUAUACGCGCCUUAA